UAUCCAGGGGAAAUCGGAGCCUCGGACCAUCGGGCAACUGACUUGAGCCUUUGCACCUUGGACUUGCUCAGCUCUUGCCCGUCCUUCUUGUCCAGCCUUACCGUAUCUGGCCACCCUUCGCUUGUAUGUGCGCCGACUUCAGCCCAUUGACUGUGAUGCAGCGACCAUUGGGAACCGGCACCGCCUUCAGCAUUGACUCCCUGAUAGGCACUAGUCCUCAGCCCAGUCCCGGCCACUUCGUCUACACCGGCUACCCAAUGUUCAUGCCCUACAGACCGGUUGUCCUGCCCCCGCCAACCCUUCCACAGCCGUCUCUGCAGCACAACCUCCACGCCGUGCCAAGCCCUCACCACCACCACCAAGUGAGUAACCUGGCCGGCUCUCUCUCCAACGGUUUCUGCACUAGCCUCGGCCAGGGGAUGGCCGUCACCACCCUCAUGGCCACGUUACCGGGCACCGGCGAAGGCAGCCGCAGUUUCCCGUCUUCGCCCAACCAGGAGCCGGCCAGGAAGUUCAUGCAGACUCUGGUGACUCUAGACAAGGCUGAGGGCGGGGUGCAACAGGAGGGAGAAGAAACCAAGGCGUUUCUGUGCAAAGACACCCCGGCUCUGUCUUUUCCGGUGUCUGAAGCCGUGCACGCAGUUAUAGGUGCUGUCACGACUAACAGAGCACAAGAAAAAGUAGACUCAAAGGCAGACGAAGACCCCAAAAGCAAAGAUGAGAGUUUUUCCAUGGACAGUGACCUCGAUUACAGUUCUGAUGAGAACAUCACAUCCCAGGCGGCUCACAAGGGAGAGGAGUCCGGCGCGGGCCUGGAGGAACAUAACCACCACAACACCACCCCAACGAAUACAGCGACCGGCAAAAACCGAAGGAGGAGAACAGCCUUCACCAGCGAACAACUGCUGGAACUGGAGAAGGAAUUUCACUGCAAGAAGUAUCUGUCGCUGACCGAGAGAUCCCAGAUCGCUCACGCCCUCAAACUGAGCGAAGUGCAAGUCAAAAUCUGGUUUCAGAACAGAAGGGCCAAGUGGAAACGGGUGAAGGCGGGCAACGCCAACUCCAAAUCUGGGGAGCCGUCCAGGAAUCCCAAAAUCGUGGUGCCAAUCCCGGUGCACGUCAGUAGGUUUGCGAUCAGAAGCCAGCACCAACAAUUGGAGCAACCGAGACCUUGA